AUGGAUUCGCCCCGAAGGUCGUUCGCUCCCACUCUUUUAUUGUUUUGUAUUGAUUCUCGCCCUGCCCUAGGCUUCUCGUUCCUUUCGCCAAAAAAGGCAUUUCCUUUCUCCGAGAGUGCGUGCGGCAAAAGCGAAAGGGGGUUUGAGGCCAUCUGUACGGCCAAAGCGCCGUCGUUUCUCUCUUCCAAACUGCUUUCGGCUUUGUUCGCGGCCUCAACUCAAGCAUGGCUGGAGGCGGAGAAUCUGAACUUCAUAAGCUUCGGUCCAAUGCUGAAUCCCUAUCAGAAUGUCUGGAAUCGCUGA